AUGGAAGCUCUUUACCCACCCAAGAUCCUCUGCAGUAGUGAGAGCGCGUCUCAUCCGCCCAGAAAUCCUAGGAAAAACUUGUCAACCAAGAUAUUCUUGCAAUUGAAUGCACAAAUUGACCACAAACCAGACUUAUUGGAGAUAUGCAAACAGGCGGAAGCACCAAGACGGUCUCGCGAACGAAAGCGGAAGGAGGAACAACAGAUCGAGUCCCUCGAAAGUCAGUGUGCCUUUGAUGAACCUGGACGAUUCUGCUUGCGUGAUGAGCUUCACCGCUACAUACCCUCAAGUGAAUUGCCACCAAGGCCACCGACCCGACGGUCCACAGCAUCUACUUCCUCUCCAGCCUCAAGUUCCCCCCGACUUGAAACAGUUGAUCGGAAGACUAGGUCUGACAACGGUCUGGGUGUAGCUUACUGGGUCCUUUGA